AUGAGGGGGACAUCUGAAGGGCCCCUUUCAUUUUCCUCGUUCUCUGCGUUCCCCCCACAUUCCAUGGAUGCACAAACGACAACCAAACGAACGCUUACUAGCGUAAAAAUGCUAGAGAAGCGACGAAGACGCCAUCACAGGCAACCGUUGUGGCUUCAGAGGCACGCGACCAGCGACGGUGGUGGCGGUUUCGGCUACCACGAUGUGGUUCGGUUGCCCUCGCCACGGCAUGUGCAACUCUUUAUUGAUUACCUCAAUCCCUAUUUGAAACAGAGCAUCAGUCCAUUACAGAUCCAGUUUAUUAUUAAUCAGUGGCACUUGUUCCGUCAAACAGUGCAGCAAAAUCGCCGAAUGCAACGACUUCAAGCAGCAGAAAGAGAGGAUGCAAAACGUCGAAUGCAGAAUGGGCGUCAGGGGAGCAAGAAGGUGGACCUCUUUGCCAAGGUUGUCCUGCGACGUGAAGCGCAAGCACUAAAAAGGGCUGCCUCCUUUGCAGAAUUCAAGCGAAUCCUUAUGCGAGCCAGCGCUAAGCCACUUCAACACGCUCAAUCGAUAAGGGCUCUAGAAAGUAGAGCUGACUUGACUGAAGUUAGUGGAGGAGCCGUUUUUCAUCCACCGUUAGAUCUUAAUGCUACGGUAGCCGAUUCAAAAACGCCAGAUCACGUACUUGCAAAGAGCGAGGACACAAAAAAGGGCAUAAGUAAACGGAGUGUGGACGCCAGCCUACUUGAUGAAAAGGAAACGGCGAGCGAAUAUCAGACAACUCUCCAAAAGCCCUCCUCUCCUUCAUCCCGUGAAAUCCCAUCAGAGGAACUUUACACUGAUGAGGAGACCGAAGAGCAUUCAGAUGAUGAACUCCGAGAGGCCUACAAUAGCUACAACGAUUUUCUUAGUAGUGCGUGCAAACCAAAGAACAAAACUCUUUGCACGAGAUCUCUGUUUGUAAGAAGUCGUGUUGAUCGCUCAACCCUCUUUCUUCCUCCUGGUAUCUACGUUAAGCGUUGUGAUAACCCGGUCUGGAGUUCAGUUCCUGGAGGCGGUAGUGUUGUCAACUCCUACCAGGCAAUGUUCAAUCAGGCAGCGAGGCUGCGCUCUCGAAUGGCGCUUAAAUCGCUUUGUGCCGCAGCGGAUAGAAUGGACUCUGUUGAUGGAUUCGCCGACAGACUGGGAGCGCCAGAUUACUAUCACUCUGAUGUUGGCGGUUCCUGUACCUGUCUUCUCCCCGAAGAGGAGUGCCUUCCAACGAAAGUCCGUCUUAAAGUCGCAUCGGUGAUAGUGUAUAACGUAAGUUCCAAAAUUAAUCCAGACUUGGGGUUGCCAACCUCCAAAGGAUCAACGUCAACUGAAGUGAUUGCAUUAACGGAGCACGUGAGCUGCGGAUGUCAAAGAAGGUGUGAAAAUCGAAGGUGCAUUCCACCGUUACAGCUGAACAACUAUACCUACGAUGAUUGCUACUGCUCUUGUCCCGAGGGUAACACGCGAUGUCAGGCCCUGCUCGACGGAAGAGCAAAAUUCACCGACAAAGAAUUGCAAAUUCCACUAAAUGGAUCCUACAUCCUUCCUCCUUGCUACCAUGGCCCAAUGGAUGAGGUCCAUUUAUACCACAGGCACUGUCCACGACCAGAUGGGAGAAUAGGUGAAUUCGAGCCCACCUAA